AUGGGGGAACAUCACCACCGCCACAAGAAACGAAAGCAUGAGGAUCACCACUCGGAAAGGAAGCGCCAUCGUCAUUCUGAAAAGAAGCAUAAGCGCCAUCACUCUCGACACGAGUCCAAAUCGUCCACUUCGUCAGCCAAUGACCUGGAGGAACUUAAACGGCUUGCCAAGCUAUACAACAAAAAAGAGGAAAAGAAACAUGACGACGCUUCUACUACAGUAUCCAAAACGCACAGUGGUGGAAAACAACGUGCACCUAUGAUACCACAAACCAAGGAGGAUUAUGAAAAGCAACGAUCCGUUAUCCGACAUGAAUACGAUCCAGAGACUGGCAGAAUGCGGUUGGUUCGUGGAUCUGGUGAAAUCCUUGAAAGUUUGGUUAGCCGUGAUCAACAUCGACAAAUCAACAAGACUGCGACAAUGACGGAUGGAAUGACAUUUCAAAAACACGUGAAUCGAGGUAUGUAG